CCACAGACAACGCUUCCUGGUUGGCACAGAGUGGUUUCCUGUCUCGGUGAAACUGACAGCCUCUUUGGUACUGGUCCAAAGAUCAUUGAGCUCAUUUGGUCAUGUCGGCACCGUCGUUGGGGUCCAGCAAAUCGGCCCACAGUGAUGUGGGCUCCAAAAAGAAGAAGGGACCCGGUGCGUUGGCCACGGCCUACCUGGUUAUCUACAACGUUGUUAUGACAGCGGGAUGGCUGGUGAUUGCUGUGGGUCUGGUGAGAGCGUACCUGGCCAGAGGCAGCUACCACGGCUUGUAUUAUUCCAUUGAGAAACCUCUUAAGUUCUUUCAGACUGGUGCAGUGCUGGAGAUUCUCCACUGUGCCAUAGGAAUCGUACCCUCCUCAGUGGUGCUGACGGGAUUCCAGGUCAUGUCGCGGGUGUUUCUCACCUGGGCUGUCACUCACAGUGUGAGAGAGGUGCAGAGUGAAGACAGCGUGCUGCUCUUUGUUGCUGCGUGGACCAUCACAGAGAUCAUCCGCUACUCCUUCUACACCUUCAGUCUGCUCAAUCACCUGCCGUACCUCAUCAAGUGGGCCAGAUACACUUUCUUCAUCGUGCUGUAUCCCAUGGGAGUGACCGGAGAGCUUUUGACCAUCUAUGCAGCGCUGCCCUCAGUGCAAAAGACGGGCCUGUUCUCAGUCACACUCCCCAACAAGUACAACUUCUCCUUUGACUACUACACCUUCCUCAUCCUCGUCAUGGUCUCCUACAUUCCUCUUUUCCCGCAGCUCUACUUCCACAUGAUCCGACAGAGGAAGAAGGUUCUGGGACACGUGGAGGACUAUAGCAAAGUGGAAUGAGCAUAGCAGCGAUCAGGAAGAUGCAGGACCUGACGCCAAAACAAGCAACAGGGGAGCAACUUAACCACGUCUGCUUAUGCAGCCCGACCAGUUUGUCCUGACGGCCGCUUGGUCCUGGCACAUGAUCCAGUUAUUAACCUCGUCCUCCAGCUCAGUCUUGUAGAAUCUCGCAACCCUUUUUUUUAUUAUUAUUAUUUUGUAUUAAUAUUAUUAUUGAAUUCAUAGAAUGCCACUAUUUUGGGGAUAAUUUCAUUUGACUCUGAGCUAGGAAAAAGGGUAAAAAAAAAAACAGGACUGAUGAUGACAUCACAGUGACCGUAGAAUUGUCCCUGUAGAUUCCUUUCAGUCAGACAGAAGCAACAUUGUCAGGUGAGUACACUGACAAGUUUGAACAUCCUGAUUUAUGUUUGCAUUGGCCCAUUGACUCCAAUCUUAAUUUUCUCCAAUAAACAUGUUUGAGUGUUUGCCUGCAUGGUUUUGUGUUCUGUUUGUUUGUGACAUGGUGUUGUGUUGACUUCCUUUUUUGUUCAUGUUUCACACCUUCAGCUUUUCUAAACUUGAACAAUCAGACUUCCCACUUCAGGCGUUGCCUGCAUGUUCGAAAGACCAAGCUGAUGUGACAAUUUUCCAAGUAUUAUUUAAUGGAAAUCUCUAAAGUCAGUGGGACAUGUUCCAUUAAUAAUUAUUAAUUUGGCCUGCCUGCCGUCUUCCUUUCUUAGCCUUUUUGGGGUAGCAGAAAACUACACCCAGUAAGAGAUGCAGGCUUGGCAUCUCGCAACUCAUGACUGCCCUCUAGUGGGCGACUAAUCUGGCAACUUCAUUGUUUAUUAUUGGGAGUUGACGUCUGUGUAGGCACGGAGAUUUAUAGCACGGAGAUUUACUCGGAAUCCAAUGUUUGAGUAAAAAUGGAAUGCGCUCUUUUGAAGGCUUAGGUGUAACAUAAAGAUUCCCCGAGACGAGGAUUGAUCAGUAAUGGCGCCAUAAACGACAAGAACCCAUCUAUGUGCUGGUUGUUUUCUUGGUCUUAUUGUGCUCUGAAUACCAGAGUCAAAAAAUGUCAGGAACCUGAGAGAGGUUCGAACCACCCCAACUACGGUCAUUAUUAGAGGUGAUGAACAUGGCAAAAAAAUCUAUCCAUUUAUGACCUCAUUAGAAAGGGACCAUACAAUCUGCAAAGUUCAGGAAAUAAAACAUAAUAUUCAACCCUACAUAGUUUUUCUCAGUCACAGAAUGAGGGCUGGGUCUUUCAUUGUGUGCCUCCUGAAAAGCGACUACAGAAACGGUGCAGGAAUGGUAGCGAAAGGGUCGACGGGGUUCAAAUGUAGCACAGACUUUAACAUGGUCAGCCAUGCGACACAAAACUUAGUAAACGUAGUUAACAGACAUCAUUUUUGUGAGUUAUUAUUUCUCAUUCAUAUUAUUCUGUCCAUGAGAUUUCUUCUUUGCUCACUUCUAUAGACAAAAAGUUCAAGUUGUCAGACUUUUCAGCUUUGUGUGGACUGUAAUGUGUUUUCACUAGUUAUGUAUCUGAAAAUAUGUUCUCCUGUAUCACAAGAUAAUCUCAACCUUGUGAUGAUGUUAGAUUUAUUUUUUUCCCCUACUUUUAACAUAUGACUGUCUUUGACUCCAUUAAACACUGCAGCACCCAGAAAUGCUAUGGAACACAGCUAUAAAUGAAAUAAUGAAUAUGCAGCAAUUGGGAGGAGCUGAUCCCACAUGCCCAUGAGGUCCUAAUGGCAAGGCAUUUUGCGUUGUCAGUCCCAUUUUGAGUUUUAAUGAAUUAGAAUGGCCUGGAUCUGAUUCUAUUCAGUGGUUUAAAAGCAAAGCAGUAGUGCACACGGUCCUAAUCUUAUCGCUGCUUGGCAUGUCACUAAAACUGAACCUGUGCUUUGUAGAUGACUUGAAAUAUGACCAGCCACAGCCGCCGAGGAAGCCCAACAGAGGUCAGAAACACAUCGUGAGCACAAUUUCUUGAGCAGCAUUUGACUAUCAGAUCCGAGAAUCCUUUAUGUCAGGAGUUUAUUUUUGAGCUGUGAGUUCAUUUCACUUGAAAAAAAAGUGCCCAACCCAGUCACGUUGGUCCUCUCGUGUUUCAAUCAUUGAUAUGUAGCAAGGUGGGUGGUACCUUUAAGUGAUGUCAAAUGUUCUGUCUCUGUAUCUAACAACGAUGGAGCAUGAUUUGGUUUACAACCGUUUACAAAGUGCAUCUUGUCAUCAAAGUGCAUGAAGGAUUGUAAAUGGAUGACUGGAAUGAGUGUUUCAAUCCAAAAGGGAAAAAAGCAUGGCACAAGGCCUGAUAAAUAAAGUUUUGAUACACUAGAUGACUUUGUUCAUGUGUAACUGAAUUUACAAUAAAUCCUUG